AUUGCAAAGCUCGUUCGUGCUUUUACCUCAAAUCGCUACGUUUUAUCCAAAGCUCUGCUAAGCCUCACGUCAAAGUGACCGUCAUUCUGGAAAUCUCCAUCUCAGACGGAUCACAAUGGUCGAGCUGCUCUCGUGGGUCAACCUGGCGCUUUACGCGCUGCAGCUCUUCGUGAAUGGGUUCUCGGCGCACAACAUCGGGCCCAUGUCGCGUCGCUAUGAGACGCUCAUCACGCCGGCGCCCUACGCGUUCAGCAUCUGGGGCUUCAUCUACACUUUCCUGGCCGCCACUGUCGUCGUGGACUGCUUCUGGCCCUCAGUCUCCUUCUACACAAGCGCCCCCAAUGCCAACGUGCUGCGCACGCUCUUUGCUGUCUCCUGCCUCAUGAACAUGGCGUGGAUCGUCUUCUUCACCAACGAAUUCGUGAAUGUGGCCACCGCCACGCUCAUUGUCCUGUGGUUCUCGCUCUUCGCGCUCUACGCGCACAUCGUCACGGAGCGCCGCGACGCUGGCUUUGACCUUAAGCGCUACGUGCUCAGCGAGCUGGGUCUCACUGUCUACUUCGCCUGGACUUGCGCAGCCACGCUCAUCAGCUUCGCUGUCACGGCCCAGUACGUGGCUGGUGACUACCUAUCGCUCACGUCGUACGUGGCGCUGCUGUCUCUGCUGGCGGUGGCCACGCUAUCCGCUGUCAUCUACGAGGGAGAUGUUGCCUUUGGUCUCGUGGUCAUCUGGGCGCUGGUCGGCCUUGCAGCCAAGAGCACCACGCUGGACGCUCGCGUCGAGCUCAUUGCGAUGAACAUCCGCGCCUGCGCCACGCAGAGUGCCGCCAUCGUCGCUGCCUUCAUCAUCAUCUCCAUUGCACACAAGUUGCUGGCCCCGAAUCCGCACUUCCAACCGCUGCAAUCAGGUGCCCCGCUUUAUGGCGACAAGCCCGUCGACUACGGCACCACCCACGCGUAACUUCUCCUCCCUGGCAUGACUCAUACACAGGCGUGUAGACCAUAGGCACAGCAUAAAUUUUGCUAAUACAUGUACACCAUGACUUGCCCCCUCCUAAA